AUGGAGCAAGAUCCUGUUGAAAGGCCUAUCUCUCCAACUAGUAACAAAGAGAAUUCAUCUAUGGUAGAGGAUAAAGUUGAAGCCCCUGUUACAAAUAUGUUUGAUGUUUUGAUACAACAACCAGAUGACAUUUCUGUUAUAGAGGGCAUGAGGCCGGUAAAAGUGUUAGCUCAGGAGUUCAAUUCUGGUCAAGGAGGUGGCAGUAUAGCUUCCAGCUCUCAGAAUAAUGAUGCAAGCAAACCAAAUGGGGCUAGAGGUAAAUUCUUAGUUAAAUCUAAUAUCUAUGCUUUGAUUAAUAUGGGACCUAAGGGUGUAGACUUGAAAAACUCUAGAGUUCUAAAAAGACCCUUAUGGUUCUUAAUGAUGACGUUUAAAAUAGGAGGCUGGAACAUUAGAGGGUUGAACGACCCUCUAAAGCUGAAGGAAGUAGGUAGGUUUGUUGCUUUGAAUAAAUUAUCUUUGGUAGGAAUAGUUGAAACUCAUGUCCAUGAGAUGAAUAAAGACAUAAUUAGAUUGUCUAUAAAUAAAAAUUGGAGGUUUUUAGAUAACUAUGAGAAUAAUGAGUCUGGUAAGAUUUGGGAAUCUGAAAUUCGUUGUUUGCUCUGUUAUGGGGAUAAUAAUAGUCGAAAUAGAUUAGCUUUAUGGAAUGAUAUUACUGCUUUUGCUUCUAGCUGCGAAAUCCCUUGGGUGGUUUUAGGGGAUUUUAAUGAAAUCCUUGCUCCGCAUGAAAGAAUAGGGGGUACUAGUGGUGGUAAUUCUUCAAGUAAAGAUUUCUUAGAAUGCAUUAGUAUGUCUCAACUCUUGGAACUACCGUAUUCUGGGGACUUUUUUACGCGGUCAAAUAAGCAGAUUGGGCAGGGUAGAAUCGUCUCAAAGAUUGACAGGGUUUUAGUGAACAUAGAAUGGGUGACUUGUUUUACUAAAUCUAAAGCUGAAUUUCAAAAUCCUGGUAUCUAUGACCAUUCUCCCAUGGUGGUUUAUAUCUUUGAGAGAAGAGAACAUGGGCCACCACCUUUUAGGUUUUUCUAUUAUUUAUCCGAAGAACAAGAAUUUUUUGAUAUUGUUAGGACUGCUUGGAGUGAGAAGGUGCAAGGGAAUCCUAUGUUUGUUCUGGUUUCUAAGAUGAAGAGAGUUAAAACCUUGAUAACUGAUUGGAGAAAAGUUAGAUUUAAUAAUCUCUCAGAAUCUGUUGUCACUGCCAAGGCAGAUAUGGUUCAGGCCCAAGCUGCUGUUCAGUUGAGGCCUCUUGACACUGAGGUUGCUUCUCGAGAGAAACGAGUUGUUUGUCAUUAUGCCAAAGAAGCUAGAUUAGAGGAAUCAAUGCUCAAACAACAAUCGAGAGUUCAGUGGAUGGAUCUAGGGGACUCUAAUACUGCGUUUUUCCAUGAUUCUUUAAAGGAAAGGCGAUGGAGGAACAACAUUCUAACCUUGGUGGAUGGGAAUGGUAAUUUGUUGGAGGAGGAUAAGGACAUUGCAUUAGAGUGUACUCAGUUCUUUACUUCUUUAUUUAAUGGUUCAUCUUCUUCUCCAUUCACUGAAGAAGAUACGACUUUUCUUCAAUUUUCUAACACUGUUUCUAUGGAGGAUGCUACUGCUUUAGGUGCACCUAUUACCAGAGAUGAAAUUGUGUAUGCCUUGUCCUGCAUUGGUUCCAAUAAAGCCCCGGGACCGGAUGGCUUUACUAGUCAUUUUUUCAAAGUGUGCUGGCAGAUUGUGGAGGCUGAUUUUGUUAGAGCUGUCACUAAUUUCUUCUCCAUGUCAAGGAUGCUAGGUGAGGUAAACAAUACCUUCUUAAUCUUAGUUCCUAAAGUUGAAAAUUCUUCUUUUAUUACUGAUUUCCGGCCUAUUGCUUGUUGUAAUGUUAUAUAUAAGUGCAAAUCUAAAAUCCUAGCAAUAAGAAUGAAGAGAAUCUUGAAAGACUUAGUUAUCCCGAAUCAAUCUGCUUUCAUCUCGGGUAGGUCUAUACAAGACAAUAUUAUGUUAGCUCAUGAACUUGUUCGUAACUAUCAUUGGAAGAAUGGUCCUCCUCGCUGUGCUUUAAAGAUUGAUCUCAGGAAGGCCUAUGAUACUGUGUCGUGGGAGGCCAUUGUUUUAUGCCUGAACAAAAUGGGUUUUCCAAGAAUUUUUAUCGACUGGGUUUAUCUUUGUAUAUCGUCUGCCAAAUUUGUUGUUCUUGUGAAUGGGUCACCGUAUGGAUAUUUUUCUGCGAGUAGAGGUCUAAGACAAGGGUGUCCGCUUUCACCUUACUUAUUCGUCAUGGGUCAAUUGGGGCCGAUGAUUCACUUAAUAAUAAUUCUUUCUGUGUUUAGUAAAAUCUCUGGGCUUGAAAGGAAUAGACAGAAAACGACUUUAUUUCAUUCUUCAAUUGAUAGUGCUGAGCUUGAUCUUAUUGUUCAUUGUUUGGAUUUUUCCACUGGUGAAUUACCUAUUCGUUAUUUAGGAGUUCCCAUGUUAUCUUCUAAACUGUCUUAUAAGGAUUGUCUUCCUCUUCUAUCUAAAGUCACUAAGAGAGAUCAAUCUUGGAGGGCUAAGAACCUGACUGAUGCUGGUACAAUGCGUUUGAUCAAAGUUGUGUUAAAUGGAAUUAUACUUUUUUGGAUUGCUUGUUUUGUUCUGCCGAAGAGGGUUAUAAAGGAGUUAAUUUCUAUAUGCAAGCAGUUUCUUUGGGCUGGUGCUGGGCUUGAAAAGAAGUCUUGUCCGGUGAAUUGUGAUUUGAUUUGUAGGCCUUUUGCUGAAGGUGGAUUAGGGGUUAGAAGUAUAAACAUCUUUAAUGAGGCUACUAACUUAAGACAUUUAUGGGACUUGGUGAGUGGGAAAGUUACCAUAUGGACAGACUGGGUGUCCAAGAAUCUGAUUAACAAUACCUCUUGGCUUUAUGAUUCCUGGCACCCUAUUGGUAGACUGGUGGAUUGGGUCAGAUCUGAUAUUAUUGAAGAACUUUUCCCUAAUCCUGAUUGCAAAGUUAGUCAAUUUUUAGAUGACAGUGGUUGGUGUUUGCCUGACUCAGUGGAUGAAGAGCAUGUGGCCAUUCUUGACAAAUUGAAGAUUGUUGAAUUUGAUAGAACAAAGUCUGAUGUUAUUGUAUGGCAACCAUGUCCCUCUGGGGACUUUACUGUUAAGCAUACUUACAAUGCGUUAGUUGGUGCUGGGGAUAAGAUCUUUUGGAAGAGUUUGGUAUGGUUUAAAUCCCAUGUACCACGACACUCUUUUAUAUCUUGGUUGGGUUUUCAUGGUAGGCUUAAGACUAAAGAUAAAAUGGUGAAGUGGGGUUUGAUGCAGUCUGCUCCUUGUUCUUUGUGUGAGAAUGGUAUUGAAACAAUUGAGCAUAUUUUCCAUGAUUGUAGGUUUGUUGUGAGCAUAUGGACAUGUCUUCUCUUGAAAAUGGGUUAUGUAAGAGAAGUGAGUAGUAGUUGGUUGGAGGAAGUGAAAUGGUGUGUAAAUGCUUUCGCAGGGCAAGGCUUGGUGGCUAGGAUAAAGAAGUUAAUUCUUAAUUGUUUCAUGUAUCACAUAUGGAAAGAAAGAAAUACCAUAAUUUUUACCAGUAAGGAUAACUCUACAGACCAGGUGGGGUUCGCAAUUAUGGAAGAAGUGAGAAUUACAGUAAUCUCUAUCAAGACUCCCGUGAAAGAUUCUCCAGCUGCUAGGAGUUUUGUGGACAAAUUGAGGCUUAAUUGUGAAUUUUUCCAGGUUAAUGGCAGGUUCUUGCCUUGGUUGGCUCUAGAUUAUGAUGAAAUCAUGGUAAAUACAGAUGGGUCAAAAGGUGAGAACUCAGGUGGGUGUGGAGCUAUUUUAAGUGGAAAAGGGGGAGGUGUUAUUGCUGCUGCUAUGGGAGGCGGUCCUCCAAUCACUGCUGAUGUUCAUGAGUUACAUGGGGUGGAAUUGGGGCUAAAUCUUGCCAAAGUAAAAAAUUGUCGUAAGAUUCAUAUAACAGUGAACUCGAUGACAAUCUAUAACUUGCUCAGGAAGAGGGUGGAAAAACCUCCUUGGAGAUUCUUACAGGCCUGGAGAAGAAUAACUCUUCUAUGGAAUUCUUUUGACAGCAUUAAGAUAUCUCAUGUUUUCCGUGAGACUAACAGGGCUGCGGACAUGUUAGCUAGUUAUCAUCCCCCUAUAAAAUGGGUGGAUAUAGAUGAAACAGAGUUCUCGCAUGAACUGAGAACUAUAAUCAUGGAGGACAGAGAGGGAAGAUUGUACUAUCGGGAGUAG